AUGUCACCGCGUAUUGACACUGGGACACUGGACGGCCUAGUUCAAGAUCAAGGACUCGAAUGUAGCAGGCCAAACAAGCCGCGACCCGCCAAUGGUUCUGAACUGAAUGAAAAGUGCGCCAGGCCGAGGACUAGGCGAUCCACUGAACGCACCAAACAGGAGCAUGAAGACAUGGACCGACAAGUAUUUGAUUGUUUGGACGAUCCACCAGAAACAGUGGAUCUUGCCGAUCUUCUCCACUUGAUUGUAAUGCGCGAUCCAUACCUCGACUUUAAAAAGUGUGGGACACGCUCUAAAGCUGAGCGGCUUAUCGAGGCAAAUCCAGAACUGGGGCGGCUGUUGACGAAUGCUCUAAGGGAGGGUACUUUUCGCGACGUCCGCGACUUAGAUAUGCUGCAUCCGCCUGUUGUCGAUAUAGAUAUGGAUUCCCUACUCAAGAGCACGGGGCUAACUCAAAGGAGCAGAUCUGACCUGGAAGACGACGUGAACCAGCAGAUUUACCGCUGCUUGCGCGGAAAUCGAGAUGUUCAUGGCGCUCAGGAUAUACUAGGGCUCAUCAUAUACCAUGACCAUAAGAGAUAUGCGGACCCUUUGGAGUUGAAGGCACUUCUUGAGAAAAAUUGA